GGCUUUCAGCUGCUCUUCGACCUCCACAACGGCUUCUCGGGGGUCGGGUCCAAGGCAGUGGAGCUGCUUCAGGAUGAAUACGCGGGGAAAGGCAUCUUGACGUGCGGGCUGACACCUGUCCUUCAAUCCAGUCUCCCCCAUCGGAAUUUCUACCGGCUGAUGAACACAGUUUUGGGCAUCGUCCGUCUGUCCAGCCAGAGUUCCCUCUUCUGCCCCUUGUCGCUCAACGGAAGUCUGGGGCUCAAACCGGGCAGCCCAGUGGCCCUGUCGUACCUCCACUACGAGCCAUCUCUGGAUUAUCAGACGAGCGCCAUUCUCGCCACCGCCCUGGACACGCUGACCAUCCCCUACCGGCUCCAGACGUCGGACAUGACCAUCUCCAACCUGACCGAAACCCUGAAUUUUUCCGGAAGGAAGGUUGCAGAGGCCUCGGUCGCCAUGCCCUUCUCCAUGGCGGAAGACCAGUCCCUUCCUGAAGCAUUGUACAACCAACAACCCAGCACGGCGUGGUGUCCGUUGUCGUCUGGCGGCAACCGAAGAGAUGCCGGCUGCUUUGCUCAGUCGGUUGUGUUGCGAGGGAUCAGCAAACAGCAGCAAGUGAGCAACGCCUCUCCAGGAACUGAACCCAAGUCCGUCCUUCACAUGUGCGAGACCGGCCAGGAAGUGCUGGCCCGCUACUUACACACUGUCUUCCCCCGGACGCUGAGCAGUUUGCUUUUGCUGCAAGGGCCCUGCAAGAUUUUGGCUCCCUACCCCCAGUUUUUCGCGCCGUUCCUGAACAAGUACGGAUUCCUGUCGGAGAAGCCACUGUAUGGCCCAGCAA